CCUCAUUCCCACUCAUAUUCAAGCGACAGGAAAAUCUCUCGCACUCAAAAAGCGCCCUUUCGUAACAGCAUAAACAACCCCAUUGCCGGCGGCGAACCGUUCUGAAAUCGGAGGUCAACGCGAUGGCUGAUCACGCCGGCGAGAACGACUCAUUUGUUGAUUCGGUAAUGGACAAGGUCAACGAUAAGUUGCUCAGCCACGAUUCUUCGUCGGAUUCUGAUGACGACAAGGGUAAAAAGUCGCCGGUUAACGCUGUUAAGACUAAGAUCUACCGCCUUUUCGGUAGAGAAAAGCCCGUACACAAGGUUCUAGGCGGUGGAAAACCCGCUGACAUUUUCCUAUGGCGGGACAAGAAAGUUACAGCUGGCGUGCUUGGUUUUGCCACUGUUAUCUGGGCGCUUUUUGAGUUGCUUGAAUACCACUUGCUCACACUUGUUUGCCAUAUUCUAAUUGUUGCUGUAGCAGUACUUUUCCUGUGGUCCAAUGCAUCCGCGUUCAUCAACACGGCUCCACCUCAAAUUCCACAAGUUGUUCUACCUAAGGAUAUUGUCCUUGGUGUUGCGUCUGCAUUGAGGAUUGAAAUCAAUAGGGCCCUUGAGAUCCUACGGGAUAUUGCAUCUGGGAAAGACUUGAAGAAAUUCCUUGUUGUCAUUGUUGGCUUGUGGGUUGUUUCUAUAUUGGGGAAUAUCUGGAACUUCCUCACCUUGUUUUACAUAGUUUUUGUAUUACUGCAUACUGUCCCUCUGCUCUAUGAGAAGUAUGAGGACAAGGUCGAUGCUUUUGCUGAGAAAGCAGAGGCAGAGAUCAAGAAGCAUUAUGCUGUUUUUGAUGCCAACGUUCUUAGCAAAAUUCCAAGAGGUCCACUUAAAGGCAAAAAGCAAUAGAGACUAAUAAGUCAUGUUACUAUGUUCAUAUUGGAGUUUUCCAGUUUUCCAGAUCUUGCGACUCCCUUUGUUAGAGCCCUUUAGUUACUGGAUUUGCUUUAUUACGCAAUUUAUAUUUAAAUGAGUAUGGCAGUUUGUGAGGUAGUUUUGAUUUCCACAUUUAGUUUUGGCUUCCUUUCUAGUUAAAUUGUGAAAGACUGCUGUAUGAUCUAUUGGCAGUCAUGGACUGCUUUGCCAUAUUCAAAUU